ACCCUCUUUUCGCUCGCUCUUCGGCUGGCUCCCUGUCUGUUUCUGUUCCCCUCCUUUCGUCCUCCUCUGCUUCUCCUCCUGGCCAUCUCUCAUCAACCCUGGAAUAGGUCUCCCAUGCCGGGUGUAUUCCCUCCUCGGCACCCCCCCACCCCCCACCCCCGCCCUAGCUCUCACCCCUGCACCUCAUUCUUUGUAUUCCUCUCGCCCUCCCGGUCUCCCCAGCAUCUCUCCUCCCCCACCUGGCUCUGGCCUCCCCCUGCCUCCCCAUCUUAAGCUCAGACUCCUCCCCCUGGCUCCUCUCCCCUCCCCUCCGCCUCACUCCACUCCCUGCUUGCAUGCCAGGGUUUCUUUCCACCGUGGGGGUCUCUGAGCCUCCCGUUCUCCUCUCCACCUGCCUUCUUCCUCACCUCAGGGGUAGUGAGCCCCCAUUUUUUUCCUGCCGGGGCAUCCUCUCGCCAGCCUGAUCAUCGCCACUGACUCUCCUCCCCACCCUCUCCUCCUCUCCGCUCCUCUCUGCCCCUUUAAAUCCGCCUGGCCCAGCCUCCCCCUUGAUGCUGGGUUUGGAGCAAACAUUGAUUUGUGCUGGGAUGGAAUUGGAAUUUUGAUUUUUUUUUUCCUCUCCCAACCAUAAGAAGAAAAAAAAUAAAAACACCCCCUCUUGAUAGCCCCCCUCCUCUUUCCCAUCCAGCUCCCAGCUCCUCUUGGCUGUCUCCGUUCAAGGCAGAUUUUUCCCCCCCUACACUCAUUCUCACCCCGCACCCAGCCACUGCCUCACCCCCCAACACUAGCCUGCACCUUCGGCCGAGGAGAGAGAGGGGACUCUCCCAUAGCUCCCCCACCUCCCUUCUCGGGCUGUGGCAGUCUUUCCGGAAGGGAAGGGGGCUUGGCUUGUCCUGGUGAGGUGUGAGUGAAGAACCUGCCAUGGAAACUGCGCCCGGGAGGCAGCCUGAGCCCCAGCCCACAUGCCACUCAGGAUGAGGGUCCGGCCCUGCCUGCCCGCGCUGGGGCCCCUCCGCCCAGCCCCGGUCUAACUGCCCCCGCCCCCAGGCCUCGCCCGGCCCCCAGGCCCCCAGCCGGCUCUCCAGCCCCAGGAUGCGCUGAGCCGCCGGGGGGCUGAGGCCGCGCCAACUACAUGCAUGUCCCCCGGGGGCAAGUUCGACUUUGACGACGGGGGCUGCUACGUGGGGGGCUGGGAGGCGGGGCGGGCACAUGGCUACGGCGUGUGCACCGGGCCCGGCGCCCAGGGAGAGUACAGCGGCUGCUGGGCGCACGGCUUCGAGUCGCUGGGUGUCUUCACGGGGCCCGGCGGACACAGCUACCAGGGCCACUGGCAGCAGGGCAAGCGCGAAGGGCUGGGCGUGGAGCGCAAGAGCCGCUGGACCUACCGCGGCGAGUGGCUGGGCGGGCUGAAGGGGCGCAGCGGCGUGUGGGAGAGCGUGUCCGGCCUGCGCUACGCCGGGCUCUGGAAGGACGGCUUCCAGGACGGCUACGGCACCGAGACCUAUUCCGAUGGAGGCACCUACCAAGGCCAGUGGCAGGCCGGGAAGCGCCACGGCUUCGGGGUGCGCCAGAGUGUACCCUACCACCAGGCGGCGCUUCUGCGCUCACCCCGCCGUACCUCUCUGGACUCGGGCCACAGCGACCCCCCGACGCCGCCUCCGCCCCUACCCCUACCAGGAGAUGAAGGAGGUAGCCCAGCCUCCGGCUCCCGAGGCGGCUUCGUGCUGGCGGGGCCCGGGGACGCCGAUGGGGCGGCCUCCCGUAAGCGCACCCCAGCAGCAGGUGGAUUCUUCCGCCGUUCACUGCUGCUCAGCGGGCUCCGGGCUGGUGGGCGCCGCAGCUCCCUGGGCAGCAAGAGGGGAUCUCUACGCAGCGAGGUGAGCAGCGAAGUGGGCAGUACAGGACCCCUGGGCUCCGAGGCCAGUGGGCCCCCUAUCCCAGCGCCACCUGCCCUCAUCGAGGGCUCGGCCACUGAGGUGUACGCUGGUGAGUGGCGCGCAGACCGGCGCAGUGGCUACGGAGUGAGCCAGAGGUCCAACGGGCUGCGUUACGAAGGCGAGUGGCUGGGCAACCGAAGGCACGGAUAUGGGCGCACCACCCGGCCCGAUGGCUCCCGUGAGGAGGGCAAGUACAAGCGCAACCGGCUGGUGCACGGCGGACGUGUCCGCAGCCUCCUGCCUCUGGCCCUUAGACGGGGCAAAGUCAAGGAGAAGGUGGACAGGGCUGUCGAAGGUGCCCGUCGAGCUGUGAGUGUUGCCCGCCAGCGCCAGGAAGUCGCGGCUGCCAGGGCAGCAGACGCCCUCCUAAAAGCAGUGGCAGCCAGCAGCAUCGCCGAGAAGGCUGUGGAAGCGGCAAGGAUGGCCAAACUGAUAGCCCAGGACCUGCAACCCAUGCUAGAGGCCCCAGGCCGCAGACCCAGACAUGAUUCAGGAGGUUCUGACACAGAGCCUUUGGAUGAGGACAGCCCUGGGGUAUACGAGAACGGACUGACUCCCUCAGAGGGCUCUCCGGAACUGCCCAGCAGCCCUGCCCCCUCCCACCAACCUUGGCGAGCCCCUGCCUGCCGGAACCCACUGUCUCCUGGAGGGGACUGGGGUCCCUUCUCCAGCCCUAAAGCUUGGCCCGAGGAGUGGGGAGGUCCUGGGGAGCAGGCAGAGGAACUAGCCGGCUAUGAGGCUGAGGAUGAGGCGGGGACGCAGGGUCCAGGACCCAGAGACGGCUCCCCACUCCUUGGAGGCUGCAGUGACAGUUCCGGAAGUCUUCGAGAGGAAGAGGGGGAAGAUGAAGAGUCUUUGCCCCCGCUGAGGGCUCCAGGGGGCUCAGAGUCUGAGCCUGUCACCACGCCAGUUUUGAGGGGCCUGUCUUCAAGGGGUCCUGAUGCUGGGUGCCUGACAGAAGAAUCUGAGGAGCCUGCUGCCACCGAGAGGCCUGCCCAGCCGGGAGCUGCCAACCCCCUGGUGGUGGGAGCCGUGGCCUUGCUGGACCUCAGCCUGGCGUUCCUGUUCUCCCAGCUCCUCACCUGAGGCACAGCCUGGCUCCUCCUGGCUCUGGUUGCCUGCCUCUCCACCCACUCUGACCUGCCUUUUUCUCUUCCCCUACUAGUUGGGUUUCCUCUUUCCUUUCCUCCUUUAUUUUGGUCUCUUGCUUCCCGGUUCCCUCUCUUCUUUGAGAUGGUCUCAUUUACUCUGGACCUGUUUCUGGUCUCCCCUGUUCUCCGCCCCCCCUCACCAACCCCUUCUUUCUCUAGAUUGUUUACAUAUGAAGGGCUGUUCUCCCUCAGAGUUGCAGAGUCGGCUCUCUUCUCUGAGACACACAAAUCUAAGUCAGACCAUUGCCCCCAUGUCCUCCCCAACCUCUUCUUUAAAUCAAGACUUCACCAAGGGUGGGGGUUUGGUGUCCUGAGGAGUCUCCUGGAAUCUGAGUGGAGGUGACUGAGUGCCAGACAAGGCACUGGCCGAGCCGCUCGGGGCUCACUCGCCCAGAUGGAAAACCCAACAACAGUCACCUCCACUCAUGCCUCCCGGAACCCACUAAGUUCUUGCCUAACUUGAUCCUUCCCCGAGGGAGAAAAGGGGAGUGGACGACAGAACACUCCCUAGACGCUCCCUCCCCUCCCGCAGCCAGCCCCCCUUCCAACCCCCAAAGGAUGGCAUGUCAUGCCAGGAGCAAUGCGAAAAGCAACAAAAUCUAUUGGGUGCACCAAGCCCUCUCCGACUCUGCCACUCACCUCUCUACCCUUUUCUGCCCCCUUAAAAAUUUAUUUGAUUGGUCUGGA